AGCAUCGACUGUUUGACUAUCAACUGGAAUACAUUGUUAGGCUAUGUGUAUGCCUACUAUUGAACGCCAUUUGAAAAGCCAUUGAAAAGCCUGUAAUCGACAAAAUCGCGGCAUUUCUUUGCACUUAAAAAAUAUUAAUCAAACAAAACAUUCAAAUCAUUGGAUAAACAAUAAUAAUAAUAACAACAACAGUGUCCACACAUUUAUAGGCCCGAAGUUACCGAUAUAUAUAUAUACCAACUGACAAAACAAUGGCCGAUAAGGACGCCGUCGAGGAGCGUGUGAUCAACGAAGAGUACAAGAUAUGGAAGAAGAACACACCGUUUCUCUACGAUCUGGUUAUGACACACGCUUUGGAGUGGCCAUCACUAACCGCUCAGUGGUUGCCCGAUGUUGUGCGACCCGAAGGCAAGGACUAUUCCAUACAUCGGCUAAUACUCGGCACUCAUACCAGCGACGAACAGAAUCACCUGUUGAUAGCAUCGGUUCAGUUGCCCAACGAAGACGCUAUGUUUGAUGCCUCCCAUUACGACUCAGAGAAGGGCGAGUUUGGCGGUUUUGGAUCGGUUUCGGGUAAGAUUGAAAUUGAGAUUAAGAUCAAUCACGAGGGAGAAGUCAAUAGAGCCCGCUUUAUGCCGCAAAAUCCGUGCAUUAUUGCCACGAAAACACCGUCGAGCGAUGUAUUGAUCUUUGAUUACACGAAACAUCCCUCAAAACCAGAUCCAAAUGGCGAAUGCGCGCCCGAUUUGAGACUACGCGGCCACCAAAAAGAAGGUUACGGUCUUUCGUGGAACCCAAACCUCAACGGACAUCUAUUGAGCGCAUCUGAUGAUCACACCAUCUGCUUGUGGGAUAUCAAUGCUCCCGUUCGUGACAAGAACAUAGUCGACGCAAAGACAAUAUUUACGGGACACACGGCCGUCGUCGAGGACGUCGCCUGGCAUUUGCUACACGAAAGUCUGUUUGGAUCUGUAGCCGAUGACCAGAAACUGAUGAUUUGGGACACCAGGUCGGCCAACACCAACAAACCGAGUCACAUAGUAGACGCCCAUACGGCCGAAGUCAACUGUUUGUCGUUCAAUCCGUACUCGGAGUUUAUUUUGGCCACCGGUUCGGCCGACAAAACGGUUGCCCUCUGGGAUCUCAGGAAUCUGAAGCUCAAACUUCACUCAUUCGAGUCGCACAAGGAUGAGAUCUUUCAGGUUCAAUGGUCGCCCCAUAACGAAACAAUACUGGCCUCCAGUGGUACUGAUCGUCGUCUACACGUAUGGGAUCUGUCGAAGAUUGGCGAAGAACAGUCAGCUGAAGAUUCCGAAGACGGACCGCCUGAACUGUUGUUCAUUCACGGCGGACAUACCGCUAAAAUAUCUGACUUUUCAUGGAAUCCUAACGAACCGUGGAUUAUCUGUUCCGUGUCUGAGGACAACAUUAUGCAAGUCUGGCAAAUGGCCGAAAACAUCUAUAACGACGAAGAACCUGAAACACCAGCCGCCGAACUGGAAGCCGCCGCAUAAGUGGUCACUCAUUUGAUGGUUUUGGUGUCCAUUCGUCGGUUUUUUUAUUAUAAAUUUUAUUUAUCAUUUAAGUUAUCCGAUUAAGAGAUAUACAAACUGUAUUUUUUUCAUGAAUUAUAAUUUGUGUAAACUUUUCUUUUUUUUAUUUUCACGUAUUAUUUUUUAUUAUAAUUAUUAUUAUUAUUUAGCGUACUAUGAACUGGCGCUCCGGUAGGCUUUACUAUCAUUACUAUCAUAAAAAAGCAAAACUUAAUUUUUAUAAAUUUAACAAAAAAAACAUAAAUAAAACAAACAUCACUUGUGUUUAUAUAAUUAAAUAAAUUGAUUGGAA